GGGACGCGUUUUGUUAGCAACCGCCAAGCAUGGCUGUGGUAAUAGAAUAGCCCGUGUAAUUUGACACUUCAACUUGCCGUGCUCUACGCUAGUUGAUUCAGGCAGUCGCACUCCGGCGAAAGCCUUGUGCGCCUUUUCCCUACUGUUUUGCAAAGUAUAAAGGAGGAAAAGAAAAAACAAAACAAAACCCCACUCCGGCUGAGGCAGGAUUUUUCCCGGAGCCGCGCUCGGAUCAGAUCUGAAAGUGCGCUGGAGGCCGGUGUAGCUCCGAGCGGGGAGAGAAGGAGCUUCCCCACCGACUCUAUGAAGGGCGGGGAGGGGGAGGGGGGGCCACUCAGCACACCGCAAGCCUGCACUGCCAACAGAUCAGCUCGAUGAUUGAUGAGGAUAUAAGAGUGGAUUUGCUAAACACUAAACAAAGAAACCUACCGCGUCCUCUGAGAGAAGAACUUUAAUGGCUUCCAGGUAGAGAGAAAGAGACAGCAAUCAAGAUGAACUCGAUUCCGUCGAUGGACAGACAUAUACAGCAGACCAAUGACAGACUGCUGUGUAUCAAACAGCACUUACAGAACCCGGCCAAUUUUCAGACCGCGGCUACAGAGCUGCUUGACUGGUGUGGAGACCCGAGAGCUUUCCAAAGGCCCUUUGAGCAAAGCCUGAUGGGAUGUCUGACGGUGGUGAGUCGUGUUGCAGCACAGCAGGGUUUUGACUUGGACCUGGGCUACCGGCUCCUGGCUGUGUGUGCAGCCAACCGGGACAAGUUCACCCCAAAGUCAGCAGAAACCAACACCUGCAGGAGAUGUCAAAGUGACUCAGCACUGCUGUCGUCCUGGUGCGAGGAGCUGGGUCGACUUCUCCUGCUGCGGCACCAGAAGAAUCGGCAGAACGAACCCCAGGGCAAAGUGCCUAUGCAGCCACCCAUGAACUCUAUGAAGCCCUCGCUCUCCCACGGUGAUGGGUCCUUUCCGUACGACUCGGUUCCUUGGCAGCAGAAUGCCAACCAGGCCCCAGGCUCAUUGUCAGUGGUGACGACAGUGUGGGGGGUGACCAAUACAUCACAAAGUCAGGUAUUGGGCAACCCCAUGGCUAACACCAACAACCCCAUGAACCCUGGAGGCAAUGGAAUUGGGUCUGGAAUGUCAGCCAACAACCCAGGAAUGAACUCGCCUCAGUUUCCUGGCCAACAGCAGCAGUUCUCAGCCAAAGGUGGUUCCAACCAGGCCUACAUGCAGCAGGGCAUGUACGGGCGAGCAGGGCAUCCUGGAGCUGGAGGAUUCAGCGGAAGUUAUCCGGGUGGUCCGAAUGCUCCAGGUGGCAUAGGCAUGCCCCCUCACACAAGGCCUCCAUCCGACUUUACUCAGCCUGCUGCUGCCGCCGCCGCUGCUGCCGUAGCCGCUGCCGCCGCCACCGCAACAGCCACUGCCACGGCGACUGUAGCUGCCCUGCAGGAAACCAACAAGGACAUGAACCAGUAUGGACAGAUGUGCUCAUCGUUUCAGAUGGGCCCUGCGCAGGGUUAUAACAGCCAGUUUAUGAACCAGCCUGGACCCCGGGGCCCACCGACCAUGGCAGGAGGCAUGAACCCAGCUGGCAUUGGUGCUGCCAUAAACAACUCCAAUAUCAGUGGCCCUCCAAUGGGCAUGAACCAGCCCCGGGCACCGGGAAUGGGGCCGUUCGGAGCCCACGGCCAAAGGAUGCCACAGCAAGGAUAUCCAGGCCCCAGACCUCAGUCUAUGCCCAUACAGGGCACAAAGAGGCCAUAUCCUGGAGAGCCCAACUAUGGGGGUCAGCAGUUUGGACCUAAUGGCCAGUUCCCCAGUCAGCAAGGGCAGUACCCAAACCCUAAUGCCUCCAGAGCCCUGCCCUCUCCCAGUUACCCCGGUCAGAGGAUGCCAGGCCAGCAGGGCACAGGCCAGUACCCGCCUUCAGGAGUACCCAUGGGCCAAUACUACAAGCAGGAGCCAUUUAAUGGCCAAAAUAACAAUUUCUCUGGAGGUAGUUAUGGCUAUAAUCAAGGCAGUGGGCCUCCUCGGCAGGUUGUGAACUAUCCUCAUUCACCUGUUCCUGGGAAUCCCACACCACCCAUGACUCCAGGAAGCAGCAUCCCGCCGUACCUAUCGCCCAGCCAGGACGUCAAGCCUCCAUUUCCCCCGGACAUGAAACCGAAUAUGACGUCUCUGCCUCCACCACCGACUAACCCCAACGAGGAGCUGCGGCUGACCUUCCCCGUACGUGACGGCGUGGUGCUCGAGCCGUUCAGACUAGAGCACAACCUGGCUGUCAGCAACCAUGUCUUCCACCUGCGGCCUUCUGUUCAUCAAACGCUCAUGUGGAGGUCUGACCUGGAGCUGCAGUUUAAGUGCUACCACCAUGAGGACCGGCAGAUGAACACGAACUGGCCAGCGUCGGUGCAGGUCAGUGUGAAUGCCACGCCACUCACCAUCGAGAGAGGGGACAACAAGACGUCCCACAAACCCCUGCACCUGAAGCACGUGUGUCAGCCGGGAAGGAACACCAUCCAGAUUACGGUCACAGCCUGCUGCUGUUCUCACUUGUUCGUGCUGCAGCUGGUGCACAGGCCGUCAGUAAGAUCCGUCCUGCAGGGCCUGCUCAAGAAGAGGCUCCUGCCAGCAGAGCACUGCAUUACCAAAAUAAAGAGAAAUUUCAGCAGUGUAGCAGCGUCCUCUGGGAAUGCGACGCUGAACGGAGAGGAUGGCGUGGAGCAGACAGCCAUCAAAGUGUCCCUCAAGUGUCCCAUAACAUUCCGGCGGAUCCAACUUCCAGCCCGGGGACACGACUGCAAGCAUGUGCAGUGCUUUGACCUGGAGUCCUACCUGCAGCUGAACUGUGAGAGAGGGACGUGGAGGUGUCCUGUAUGCAAUAAAACCGCGUUACUGGAAGGUCUGGAAGUGGACCAGUACAUGUGGGGAAUUCUCAAUGCCAUCCAAAAUUCGGAGUUUGAGGAAGUCACCAUCGACCCCACGUGUAGUUGGCGGCCGGUGCCCAUAAAGUCUGACCUGCACAUAAAGGAGGAUCCAGAUGGCCCUCUGGCCAAGCGCUUUAAAACCAUGAGUCCCAGUCAGAUGAUCAUGCCUAAUGUGAUGGAUAUGAUUGCUCAGCUGGGGCCAGGACCCUCACCCUACACCUCCCUCCCCCCUCAGCAUGGAGGGAACAACACAGAGUACGCCAGCCAAGGCAACAGUUACCAGGGCCAUGGAAACUUUGACUUUCCACACAGUAAUUCUGGUGGAGGAGCUCCAAUAAAUGACUUCAUGCACGGCCCUCAGCUCUCGCACCCUCCGGAUGUACCCAACAACCUCAUGGGUCCAGAUAAACCUCUGAGCCACGGCAUGGCCGACUCGAUGCCUCAUCCUGUGAGUGCUGAGCAAUCCCAUGCUUCCAUGCCACCAGGCAUGCACGUAUCGCCCCACCCCAACAGCCAAUCUGCACAGCCAUUACAUCACAGCGGCCCUUCAUCCGGCCCGCCCCCACGCCAAGCCCCGCCCCCGCAGCAACAACAGCCUGGCCCCAACAGCCACACGCACGGUGACAUAACCUUUAACCCUGCGGCUGAGGGCCAGGUAGGCGGUCAAGGGGCAGCAGACAUGCCCGAGCCCUCUCUGGAGCUGCUGCCCGAGCUGGCCAACCCGGAUGAGUUACUGUCAUAUCUGGACCCUCCGGACCUCCCAAGCAACAGCAACGACGAUCUGCUCUCCCUCUUUGAGAACAACUGACUUUCCUAAGCCACCUUUACCUGAGGCACUGACAAGUUCCGCUGUCAGGAGUCAAGCAGCACCCUGACCACCAGUUCAGUACUUUACGACCGCAAAACACUCGUCCUCCCUCUGCCUCUACUUGUGUAAAUAUCUCACUCUUUUACGGACGUCCUUUUUCCACACAUGUAUGGCAGCCAUGUUGGUUGGCACUAAAGUGAUAUUUCAAUACUAAUAUGAAAAAACAAAACAAAACAAAAAAACUGUGCAGCUAUAAUCAUAAGAAUAUAUGUCACACAGAACUGUAUGUGUGCUCACUAGGAAAGUGUUGUAGCAUUUUUUUAAUUCAGAUUUUUUUUCCUUUUGUGAAAAGCAAGACCUGAAUAGAAAAAAAAAAUAUAUACUUCCUGUACUGGCUUAUGUGUGUGUCCCCCAUGAGCAUUCUGAGGUUUGUUCUUCCAAGCUUUACGUCCACAGCUUCCCAAAUCUCCCAUCUAGUGUUUUUGACUGGAUGUCCUCACUGUAUGUCCGAAGUCCCACGGAAAAAAAAGCACAACAGCAUUCAGCGGAACUGCAACAGGAAGACUGAAAAUGAAAACAUCGCAGGAGCAAAAAGGCUGCAUCACAGUCGCUGAGAGGUUUAGCAUCAUAGCGAUGUGGUACUCCCAUCUCACAGACUUAAUGCCGGGCCUCUGAAGUCCUCUGUAGCUCAUGUGGAAGGCGUGAUUUGUGGGAAUCCCCUUCAGAUCGGCAUAUCGCGUCUCAUUCUGUCCAUCAUAUUCACUCACGAGUGUUGCGUUCGAAUCGGAACGAGUUGACGAGGGCAUUGUGACAAUUUCACUGUUUUUUUGUUUUUUGUUUUCUUCUUCAUUUCACUGUUUUUUAUAGGAACACCAACAUAUCAAUACUGUAUGUGUGAUACCGUGCAUCAAUAACCAGCACUGUACCUCCUUUCGCGAAUCUCUCCAUCUCUGAGUACUGUGGAAGCAAAAGUCGGUGGGCAAUUCAUUUUUGUAAUGUAAGAAGUAAUGCAAUCAACUUUUUAAAGAGUAGUUUGAGUGUCGAAAACAUCCGUAAUCCUCUGUCAGCUGUCUCUUCUGGGAGUCUUUCCCCAUUUAAUGCAUGAGCUUUUGUCCCUCCCAGGCCUGUGAUGUCAUGAAUAACAAGAACUCCAUGUGUGCAUACAGUGUGUUCAUUGUGCACUCGUGCCAAUCCCACGUUGUUUUAGUGACCGAACCAAGUGUAGACUGAUGUCUCUCUCUCUCUGUCUCUCUCUCUUUUUUUUAAACCAGUGCGUUCAGGCGUGUUCCUCUGUCCUGUUUUUAUUCAUUUUAAACAUGAACUAUGAUCAUGUAAUGACUACGUUUGUUAUGCGCAAUAUAUUGUUCAUGAUAUAAUUCCUUUUUUUUUUUUCCCCCCACUGUUGGUGUAACUCUCUAAAUGUACAGUGUGUGUGCGUUUAUUACAAAAAGGCCAUGUAUUACCAAAGUUCUGCAUAAUGAUUGGAGGAGAUGGCCCGAACCUGUCGUACCAAGCUGAUUAUCUUCUUUCGAGACGGUUAAGCAUGUGACGCCUUCCUUUCCAUCCACGCAUUCACACAACAAUAUAAUCAUCACAUGCUGUUGUAUGGUACAGUGAUCUUUAUGGUCUUUGUUUUGUAGAGGUUACACGUCUAUGUACGAGUCUACAUACAUCUGUUUCAUCGUUUAUCCCCAUAACCCCCCUGAAAGAGUCGAAAAACGAGUCCGAAUUGACCCCCCACCCCCCAUGCAUUAGGCCCAGCUUGCCUGGUCUAAACGGAAACCACUGAACACACCAGAUUACUGUUUAACAGUUUUUGUAUUAUGAAACACAACUUUAUAUAAAUUCCUGAUAAGAACUGCAAAUAAAUACGCAUUACUCCUUGCUUAAUUUCAAUUCUGUUAAUCAUUAAUGUCAAAAUGUACUGUAUGUUUGCUUUAAGAUUUCUUUUCUCCUUUCGUUUGAGUUGGUGCUCAGACAGUACAUGGUUUUUCAGCAGUACAUUGUUUGUGCUUCACAAAUGCAUACCUUUUUCACAAACCUGUUUUAUUUGUCAAUGUUCCAUUUUAAAUUAUUUCGUCUCAGACUGUCGGUGUAUAGACCUUAUGUUCGUCGUCCUAAACAGGCCAUCGUGCUUUAGCCUGUAGCUCCAGUUUGAGUUUGUAAUUCACUUGUCUUUUUAUUUUUAUUUUUUUAUUAUUAUUUUUUUUUAACUGAUGCACUGCCACAGUUUUGUUCUUACUUUGUAGUCACCUACAGACAGAAACUGAACUGAACUCUCCACUUGCACAUCGGAUCGACUGCAGGUGGUUGAGACGAGUCCCUGUUUUAGAGCCGUCACUUACUGUAGCUGUACAGAUAUCGGAGAAGGGAGCGAGUCGAUGUGGAGACAGUCAGAGUGAAAUGAAUUAGAUGCUGUUUUGUCCCUGAUUCAGUCACCGGUCUCAGUGGGAAACGCUUUGAAAGAACGCCCUAGCAGGGGACAUAAGGGAUGCAUGUACAUAUGUAAAUGACAAAUAGAGACACGUUAACAGAAAUGUAUUCAUUUUCCCCAGGGGAAUGUGCAUUGUGUAUUUAGAAUUUGUAAAGCUUGCAACCUCCUAUCAGACUCGAAUUGGGUAAAAUGAAUCUGUGUUUGUUAGCGUCUGUGGAACCUCUUUCCAUUUUAUUUUUUUUUUUUUCCUUCGUUCUUUCGUUUCACUUAUGUAAAAUAUUUCCAACGCCUCCAAGAAAAGGGGAAUUAUGGGGGCAGACAGACACACUCGUUUCACCUUUGUGUAAUUAGCUUCCGUGUAUUGCUCCAUUACCUGUGUACUCUAUAAGGUGCUACUAAAGAUGAAGAAAAUCCUGGGGAAUAAUUUGGAGGAUGGGGCACGGGGCCUGGAGUGGUUCCAAAAAGAUUGUAACCAAAUUAAUAGUUUGUACAAUUUUGAUAUCACGAUCGGGGUGGGGUGGGGGGGGAGGUACAAUCUGAGGUGAUUGGCACCUAAAGUGGCAGUUGUCUUCUUUUGUUUUGUACAUUCUGUGUACAAUCAUUUCAUAUUCUAAACUGUUCGGAAGAAAAAAAACUAAUUGUGAUUUUUAGUCUUGCAAAACUGUAUGUAGUUAGAUGCUGUGACAUCCUAAUAUUUAUCUAAUAAAUAUGUAUUCAGAUGAAACAUGCUCA